ACGUGAUAUUUGCAGGUCUUAUCUGAACCAAAGAUGGCGUGUUGGUGUUCAACUUUACUCAGUCUGUUUGUUAGCAUUCUACUCUUAGAUGUGGUGAAUGCCAGUUAUUGCUAUAGUUAUUACGACUCCUACUCGUCCUACUCCUACUACUACUGCUAUUAUUAUUAUGUACCUGUUGGUUCGAUCGUGGGAGCCGUGAUUGGAACUCUAAUUGGCAUAGCAGUACUCAUAUUUUUAGUGGUAUUCUUCUGCUGCAUCAGACCACGCCGUCUGGCGGCUAGGGGCACAGUACUCCAGCCAGCUGGAUCCAAUGUAGCAGUUGUUUCUACAACAACUGGAGGUGUGCAGUAUGGAGGCGGUUACGUUAACACAGCUGCUUAUCCUCCGGGGACUCAGCCCGCCUACCCACAAUACGCAUAUCCUCCGCAACAGCAAGCUCCCCCUACCGGGUACCAACCCCCUCCGGCUUACAAUUGAAUUGGACUAGCUCAUUGAAAUGGUUAAAAAGGUCCUACAAACAUUACAAACUUUUGCGUUUUCAAUGUUACUUUUAAAUCGUCAUAAUAAUAUACAAAUUGUAAAUCCUUUUUUCUAAAGUACCUAAUUUUGCUAAAGAUAUCAUAUCGCAGAAAUAUACAUUGGCGAUAAAACUGUUUGACAUGUAUUUUUCAAAUACAGUAAUACGUUGACAUCUUUCUAACACGAUUGUUGCUUCUUGUGAGAUUACAUAAAUUUUAUAUCAUUUCCUCAGGCCAAUUAGGAUACUACAUAAGCUUUAUUCCAAUGUCUAAGAGCAAAUAUUUUUUCAUGUAAAAAGAUCGUUCUUUGUAAUUUAGAAAAUUUUAUUAAUUUUCUUUUCAAAUAGAUUUGUAUUCAUUUCUUAAUUUUUUCCCCUUAAAUCGACAAUGUAAACUUAAGAAAUUAUUGGACACAAAAAAUAUUCAAAUGUUCGUCCCCAUAAGCAAAAAUUCUAGAACUUUUUAAAUUUGAAUCAACAGCUUUAAUUUAAAAAUGUAAAAACAAUACACAUAGCAUGAACAUGUAAGAAAGAAUAUCAAUUUCUUAAAAUUACUGUCUUCUUAAUCUUAAUAUCAAGACUUUUUGUUUAAAAAUCGAAACAUUGGUUGUACUUUCCUUCAUUAAGAGUUCUGAAGGUCUGGGAAAUUGUAUGAAUUUAUGUUAAUUGAAUAUGUGCUUUUAAUGUUGUACCUUAAUUGUGCUGUUCGUUAUUGAUCAUAUUAUUUUAAUUAGAUUUUUUGUUGUUGUAUGUUUAAUGUAAUGAUUGCCAAUCAGAUUGUUGCAACAUUGAUUUUUAAAGUAUUAUUUUGGAUUGUGUUUCACAAUGAUAUAUGUUCAUUAUUAUCUUGUUUGCAUUUUGUAAAAAAAUUGCCUAAAUAAAAAUGUUUAUAUA